AUGAUGACCAUGGUGUUUGCAGUGGAGGAAAUUAAUCACAAUUCAAGCCUGUUACCAGGUGUUAAAUUAGGUUACCAGGUCAUGGACAGCUGUGACCAUGUCCACACCAGCCUGCAAGCUCUUUUGUCUUUCCUCAGUCACUCCAAAAAUAAGGAACGAACAGAUAGGAGUACAAAAUCUCAAACUUUGCCCAGAUGUCUGGUUGAUUCUCCUGUGCCUGCUGUGAUCGGCCUUGCAUCCUCUUCCCCUACAAGAGCCAUAGCUCAAACUCUUGGCCCUUUCAACCUCCCACUGGUGAGUUAUUUUGCCACCUGUACCUGUCUUACUGACAAGCAUAUGUACCCAUCAUUCUUGCGAACUGUGCCAAGUGAUUUAUUUCAAGUUAGAGGACUUGUUCAGCUGGUUACCUUCUUGGGCUGGUACUGGGUGGCCACAAUAGGGACAAUGGAUGACUACAGUCACUAUGGCAUCCAAGCAUUUUCAGAUCAGUUUAGACAACAAGGUGGGUGUCUGGCAUUCCAUCUGACCAUCCCAAAGUCCCCCACAGUGGCCAAGAUACAUGAAAUGGCAGACAGACUGCAGAGUUCAACCACAAAAGUAGUGGUGGUCUUUGCCACUGAGGGACAGCUGCUGGAUCUACUCUUAGAGGGCACGCUGGGCUUCUCCUUCCCAGGGGUCAGGAUCCCCGGCUUGAAAGAAUUCCUCCUGAAUGUCCGUCCUUCUCCUAAACCUGGGAUGGAAUUUGUCAACAUGUUCUGGGAAGAGCUGUUUGGUUGCAGACUAGAUACAUUCAAAGGGUCAACCACUGAAAACUAUAAAGGUGCAGCUGAAAAGCCUGUGUGCACUGGUUCAGAGGAUCUGAGGUACACUGACAGUAGUUACACAGAUGUAUCUCAGGUCAGAAUAUCCUAUAAUGUGUAUAAAGCUGUAUACGCCAUUGCUCAUGCUCUACACACGUUACUGAAUUGUGAUUCUGCAGGACAUAAAAAAGGAAUGUGUGAGACACAUAAGUCAUUUACAUCAAGGCAGUUGCUGCAUCAUCUAAAAACUGUGAAUUUUACAAACCAGUUUGAGGAGAAGGUAUAUUUUGACUCCAAUGGAGAGCCAGUCCCUCUCUAUGACAUCAUUAACUGGCAGAAGGACAAGGGUGAAAUUAGAUUCAUCAAAGUGGGAAGCUAUGACGGUUCCGCAGCAUUGAGACAACAGUUGCAGAUAGAGCAGAGCACCAUUGUGUGGACAAAAGGACAGUCACAGGUGCCUGUUUCUCAGUGUAGUGUUCCAUGCUCCCCUGGUAGCAGGCAGGCCAGACGUCCAGGAGAGCCCCACUGCUGCUUUGAUUGUUUGCCCUGCGCUGAUGGAGAAAUCAGCAACCACACUGGUUCCACAGAGUGCACAAAAUGUCCUGAAUACCACUGGUCAGACAAAGACAAGGUGAAAUGUGUGGCCGGGAUUGAAGAGUUCCUGUCUUUCCAUGAUACAAUGGGCUACAUCCUGGUUACACUCACACUGCUGGGUGUCGUCCUGACAGCCAUUAUCACUGCUGUCUUUCAUCGUUUCCGUUCCACGCCCAUUGUAAAGGCCAACAACUCAGAAAUAAGUUUUUUGCUUCUCCUGUCACUCAAGCUCUGCUUCUUGUGUUCCCUGGUGUUCAUUGGUCAGCCGUCUGUGUGGACAUGUAGGCUUCGCCAAGCAGCAUUUGGGAUCAGCUUUGCCCUUUGUCUGUCCUGCCUCCUCGUUAAGACCAUUGUGGUUCUCUUAGCCUUCCGGUCAAAUGUACCUGGUUCCAGGGCUCUAAAGCUGUUUGGUCCCUCUCAACAGAGGAUGCUAAUUCUCUGUACUACAGCUCCUCAGGUUUGUCUUUGUGCUGGUUGGAUUUUAGGCGCACCUCCCUUCCCAUUCAGGAACCCCAACUACCAAGCCUCAACUGGAAAAAUUGUUGUGGAGUGUAAGGAGCCAUGGCCGCCUGGAUUUUAUCUGGUCCUUGGCUACAUUGGUCUAAUGGCCUUUGUCUGCCUCCUCCUGGCAUUCCUGGGACGCAAGCUACCUGAUAGGUUCAAUGAGGCAAAGCUCAUCACCUUCAGCAUGCUGAUCUUCUGGGCUGUGUGGAUUUCUUUCAUUCCAGCUUAUGUCAGCUCUCCUGGAAAGUUUACUGUGGCUGUUGAAGUGUUUGCUAUAUUAGCCUCCAGUUUCGGACUGUUACUUUGUAUUUUUGUGCCCAAAUGUUACAUAAUUUUAUUCCAGCCCCAGAGAAAUGUUAAAAAAGGCAUGACUGGAAAAUAUCACACACAAACUUAACAAUUAUGUUGUAUGUGGUUGUUU